ACCUUUUGGCACGCGAGAGACAAAGAAUGCUGUAGUGACGCGCACUCAACUUCAGCGUGUGUUCUCACGCGCACCGCCUCUUAGUUUAAAGACGCGACCAAAGAAGAAACCUGCAAUUCAACCUCACAUUGUAAAAAAAGUUUGGCUUCGGAAAACUUUAACCCGAGUCACGCGUCAAGAGUUGUAGACAAAGGGAAACUUCUCCUCGGGAUGUUAUGCGGAAUGCGUAAGGAUGGAAUCAACUGAAAACCCAAAGACACGUUUUGCAGGUGCAGAACACCCCUCACUUUAGGACCCCCUGUGAGCACCAGAUGUACCAGCUGUACCAAGAGAUCAUUACGGGAGCCUGGCCCAAGGGCAGAGAGAACAAGAGAGACCUCUUCAGACCUACUUCUGGAACCAAGGCUCCCCCCGUCCGACGGCCCACCCCCUGUUCCCCGUGGUGCUGGUGUGUAGGUGCUCCAGGGCUGAGGUGUCAUGGCGUCCUGUCCUGAGCCCUGUGCGUCCAGAGGACGCUCUCCAGAAAAGGAGCCUGCCUCUAUCUGUAUGCGGUUCGGUGUUCGGUCAUAUCUCCACCACUUCUACGAGGAGUGUUCGUCCUCCAUGCGGGAGAGAGACCCAGAGGACCAGCACCAGGGAUCAGCCCGGGACUGGAGCUCAGCCACCUGGAGCUCAGCAGCCUGGAAGGUGUCCCUGGCCCUGAGUCUCCUCCUGCUGGGGGCGGGUGUGGCCGGUCUGUCCGUGGGGUUCUCCGGCGCCCGCCGCAUCGAGUCCUUCGGUGAGGGCGAGCUGCUGUUCGUGGACGCCGCCGCCGUCCGCCACAACGAGGCGCUGCGCGUGGGCGUGGCGGCGGGCACCCUGCUCACCUGCCUGGCGGCGGUCCUGGCGCUGAUGGGGGCGUGCCUCUGGCUCCUCCCCCGAGUCGACCUCCCCGCGUGGUCCAAGCUCGGCGAGGAGGAGGCGGGGCGGAGGAGAGGGGGAGGAGGGCGGGGGGCGAGGGGAGAAGGGGGGGGAGGGGCCGGCCCGCGGUCGGCUGUCACCCGGGCCCCGGGGCCGCAGGAGGGGAAGGUGCCCGUCACGCUGUCCAAGGUGGAGAUCGUCCAGCCCUCCCCUGACAACCACCCGCCCAUCCCAUAAUAGCAUCCAACGUCCCAGCAGUGUGGCCGGUCGUCACGGAGAUGCUGGGGCGGACAGGCUAUUUGUGUUCCCCGUCGAGGACUCAAACUAAGCUUGUCGUUUGUGAAACAAGUCACAUGGUUGGUGUUGUCGAGCCGCCGGGUGUUUUACUGUACGUGACGUGAAACUGUCUGGUGUUCCCAACCGGAUUCAGAUAACGUGAGCCCAAGGCCUGUGCUGCUGUAUGCAUAGUUAACAUGUGUGGUUUUCUGUCUUUGAAUUAAAGCAAUCAAAGAGAUUUGUCAA